GAUGCCGACUCCUCUGAGAGGGUCCUCAUGGACAUGCGCUGGGGCCUGGUUCCCUCCUGGUUCAAAAAGGAUGACCCCUCCAAAAUGCAGUUUAAUACCUCCAACUGCCGCAGUGAUACCAUGCUGAAGAAGUCCUCCUACAAGGGUGCUCUCCUCAAGGGCAAACGCUGCGUGGUCCUGGCGGAUGGCUUCUACGAGUGGCAGCGGACCCACGGGGGGACCCAGCCGUAUUUCAUUUACUUCCCCCAGACCAAGGAUGCCGUGGCCGAGGGGAAGGAGGGAGAUGAGGAAUGGAGAGGAUGGAGAUUGCUCACCAUGGCUGGGAUUUUUGACUGCUGGGAGCCGCCAGCAGGAGGAGAAAUGCUGUACACUUACACCAUCAUCACCGUGGAUGCCUCCAAGGACGUGAGCUUCAUCCAUCACAGGAUGCCAGCCAUCCUGGACGGGGAUGAGGCCAUCAGGAAAUGGCUGGACUUUGCUGAAGUGCCAACCCAAGAGGCAGUUAAACUCAUCCAGCCCACAGAGAACAUCGUUUUCCACCCAGUGUCCACCUUUGUCAACAGUGUUCGCAACAACGCGCCCGAGUGCCUUGCACCCAUCGAACUGGGAACCAAAAAGGAGGUCAAAGCCACCCCAAGCAGCAAAGUGAUGCUGGGCUGGUUAAAAAACUCCCAGGAGGGCUCUCCCCAGAAGAAAGAAAUUGAUUUGCCCAGGUGGACAAGUCAGUUCAUCCACAGCCCUUCACCCAAGAAAACCAGCGCAGAUAUCCUGCAGCAGUGGCUGGGGGAGGAGGGAGAGCCAGCUGCGAAGAAACGCAAGGCUUAG